AUGUGGGUACUUGCGCUUGCUGUACUUGUGACUGUGUGUGUGGAUGCAAUGCCAGAGCGGCGGCAGAAACCAACAUACUUUCUUCACUCCACUCCACAGGAAGGACCUUUAGAAAGACUGAAAAGAAAAACUAUUGAAAAAAUGCAACAUAACAUGGGACGCUUGAUUGAGGAAAUCAACGAGAAAAGCGGAGUCACAAGCGCUUACCAGGAGAUAUUCUCUUUACAAAACGAAAAGGCUAAGAACGCCUUCAAAAAAGCAGCGCAAUUGUGGAAUGACAACACGUGCAUUAACUUCAAAGAAUAUCCGGAUCCGAUAACAACGGGUAUCAAGCCGCCUACAGACUUCUUAUAUUUGGCUCCCGGAGACGGAUGUUUUUCG